CCAUAUUUAAAAAGUGAUGUGUUACUCCUGGAUUGCAAUGCGAAUUUUUCUUAAUCGUAUUCUGUAAUUAGAGAGUCUGUUCAGUCUCGGUUAUUAGACUGAUUUUACAACUACAGAAACGCAAAGCAUUCCGUGCGGCAUUACCUCAUGGCGUGGUUGCCAAGCGCGACGUAUACGUAAAUAUUUGGCGUCUGGGAAGGUAGUUUCCUCGUUGGAAAAGGAUUGAAGGCUAAAUUUUGAGCCAGUUCGAUCCUAAGUCAGAGAAAUGGCUGCAGUAUUACCACCAAAACAGGAAGGAACGUACACCUUCGCCAGUCAACCAAGAGCUGUCCCACAACGUAAAAAAUACAGAGAAACCGUUGCACAAAACCCGCGUGAUUGUUUUUGUGGAGAUGGCCCCAUUCAAUAUGGAAACAUUAUGUAUGACAGGAGGGUGGUCCGUGGAAACACCUAUGCCCAGCACACUCUUCCAGCGACAGCACAACCAGAUCCAAUCGAAAUUCAGAGACAGCAGGAAAAUCGUCGACGUGCUAUUGCAAGGAAACGAGCGAAAGACCAGCUGAGACCUCGCUCCCCGGACCCCGUGGAAGGAAGGAAACACAUUGAUGUUCAGACAGAACUUUACCUGGAAGAGCUGAGUGAUCGUGUGGAGGAGGCAGAUCAGGAAUGCCAGACAGAUGCCUUUUUGGAUCGCCCCCCUUCCCCCUUAUUCAUACCAGCCAAAACAGGCUUGGAUGUGGCAACACAGAUUUAUGAGGGCGAUAUGUGGAGCAGGGCUUCCUGCCAUGGUUGAUGGACCAGGUGACCACAGAGCUUGACCGCUCCGAGCUGGGCCGUCUAGUCCUGGACGGCAUGCUGCGUGAGGUGGUCAAGCGACGCAUGGAGGUCUACAAAUCUCUGGACAAUGAGAACGAGGACCAGAGUAAGCAAGAGGAAGGGGAGGCCAGCAAGCCGGGUUCAGCCACGCCUGCCACUGCUGCUGUCGAAGAAGCAGACGCCACUUUGCCGGCCACCACCAGCGCUGAUCCUUCAGCUGUGCCUGAGGAGGAAAAGCCGCCUGCAGCCCCAGUAGAGGAAGAACAACAGGAGCAGCAGGAGCAACAGGAGCAACAGCCGGCAGCGGCCACGGAACAGGAAGUGGAACCCAGCGCAGGGGACGCUGGGGCGGAAGCGGAACCAGCGGCGGAGACAGAGGGUGGGGCUCAGGAAUAGGCAGCUAUCUCAUUGGAUAAUUCGUAAUUAUGAUAUUUCUAGCUUCACUGUGAUUUUGGGUUGCGUGGCGCUGCUGUUCGGAACUUCACAACAGGUUCGGGCUGGUAAAAAGAGAAGGAUUUGUUGUGGGGAGCUAGGGUUUAGAUAUCAACCGAUGCCCUGUUCUUCCAGUUUUUCUCUUUUAUUUCGGACUAUCGUUAUCUGAAGAGAGGGAGAGAGGUUAAGCGGACGAUGUGUGAUCAUGAAGUUGACGACCCUCUCCCGAAAGUGAAAAGCUUGCCUUUCCAGAGCUACAAGACCUCUUCUUUUUAUUCUGUUUUUUUAUCUUAAUUUUAAAUUUUGAACCUGAAGAGGUCUCUGUUUUGGUGCAGUGUUGAAGUUCGUGUAUAAAUAAGCAAAACCUUUGGCAUUUUAUACCAGAAAUUUGAAUCCCAACUUCCAGCUGGCUGUAUAUUUUGUUAAUGAAUGGAAUUGAUAGACAAAACGUAAAACACAGACAGAUAAGUGUGUUGAGACUCCCCCCCCCCCUUUUUUAAAAACUAUUAACUAUUACAGUAAAGCGUCUGUAUCAGAUACCAAGCAUCUAGUCUGACGCUAGUAACCUUUGUGUGAUAAGUUUAUCAGAACUUGAGAAAAAAAGUGUCUUGUAAAAUACCUGUUUUCUGAAUGUUCAGGAAAAGAAUUUGAAGGACUGUCAGUAAGGUCAUUUAUUGUUUUUUUUGAGAGGACGUAGGUACGACCUACACUGUUUCCAGAAAGCCCAAGCUUGUAAAGUGCUCAUACAGUGCUUUGUAUAGGACUUGUCCUAAGGCCAGUCCUAAACUUCAGCUCAAGAAAUCAAAUAGUUUCUCAUCGUAUGAAAUAUGUUUGAAUGAACAAGAAAAUAGCCUUAAAUAUAUUUUCUUUCUUUUUUGUUUUUUGUUACAUGCCCAUACUAUGAAGUUAGACCAUACGUUUUGAAUCUGAAACAAAACUACAUAUGUUCAAACAAUUAGUGUUUUAACACUACCUGAUGAUGUGAAGCGAAAUAUGUUUAAAUCCUACGUGUUGUUUGCUUGGAACGUCUGUACAGUAUGCCUCCAGAAAAGCUUUAUACACCUGUGAUACUCAUUUUCAUUUCUAGUACUAGCAUGUCUUCAAAAUGUUGAAUGCAAAAUCGAAUAGACCGAUCUUAUUUUGCAUUGAAAUAUAAGACUUGCAUGUUUUUAGAGCGUGAGAAAGAAAUUACAAUUUUGUUCUCAGAUUUUAUUUGAUUUUGAGUACACUUACUUUUCAAUACUUAUGUAUUUUCUCCUUUUCUAGUUAAAUGAAUCUAAGUAUUUUUCCCUUAUUCUCUGUGAAAUUGAGUCAUUUAUUAGUAUACAUUUUACGUAAAUCUGGUUUGUACUUUUUAUACUUUAUUCCGCUCACUGGAGAAUCCAUUUACUGCGAACAAUUAUAAAUGUGGCCACCUAUAAAAUUGGUCAGUAACAUACCAUUCAGGUUUCAUAAGGCAAUGAGAUGCCAUAGUGUUGGUUUUUUUUAAUGUGUUGAAAUGCGAUUAAAAUGUCAAAAUAAUAUUAUAACAAUACAAAAGUGGUUUUUUCAAAAUCCUAUUGUAUCUAGAAUACAGCCAGGCUGUAGGCAAAUGUUUUGGUCUACAAAGUGAACAAGUAUUGCUAAAUGAGUUGGUUUAUUUAUCCUGUUUUGUGACGAUUUGUUAUCUAGAGGUUGUAAAACGUCUUUGACAAUUGGAAUUAUUUCAGUGUAGGAUAACACCUUUGCGAGAAGUGUAUGCGAUACAUUUGAAAUAAAAUAAAACAAUAUUGGAACGGUGGA